AAUCUCGUUGGACUUAAUGGAAUAAAUAGCUGCAUAUUACAUCAAUGGUAUGACUACUCCCUCAAUUUUCAAGGCUUACCGAGAAAUUGAAGAAUUCGUGAAUAAAUUAAAGAAGAAAUUUCCUGGAAUUUCCUUGCCUGCUAUUCCAAAAUACAGCUUAGCAGAAAACUAUACAGACCAAGAAAAAUUACAAGCUCUUAAUGAAUUUAUGGAGGAUUUAUCCAAGAAUAGAGAAAUAUGUGUUUCACCAAUAUUUACUCAAUUUAUACGAAUCAACCCUAAUCAAUUAACUUCACUUAAGUCCUGCACAACUUCUGAUAUUACUCAGAAUUUUGAAUCUGGAACUGAAAAGGAUAUCUUUUUGAAAAUGAAAAAGAAAACUGAUUCAGAAGAUAAGCAGAGUUUUUUGCAAAGCAGCGUCCCUAGUGAAAUAAAUGAUGAUUUAUUUCAAUCAAAACUCAAAGAAAAGACCGCUAAUGGUACUAUCUCAAUGAAACAGAAUCUUUCUGCUGGAUUAUUUGAUGAAUUUGAUGAUGAUAAUCUCUUUAGUACAAGUACAGCAAAAACCGUUUCCAGUAACCGUAAAAAAGUGGAAAAGAACCAUGAAGUAAGAAGUACUAAAAUUGAACCACGUAAGAAGCCUGAAGUGGGGAAAACAUUAGAUGUAGAUGAUUCUCAAAUAAUUAUUAAAGAUCGGAAACAGGGUGAUCUAUCUUUAUUUGACGAACAAGAUUUUGGUGAUUAUAUUACUAAAGAAGAAGAAUCAUUGUUUCUCGUUACACCCAAUAUUAAAGAAGGUAAAAGGAACACACUUCUUUUGUUAAGUGAUGAUACACCAUCUAGUAAAACAGAUAGCAGCUCGCAAGAAAAUUUAGAUGAUUUGCUCAAUCUUGAACCUUUACCAGAAUCCCCCUCAGCUAAUAAGAAGUUUCUGGAGAUGGAAUUUGAGAAGGAAGUGAAAGAAGAAUCUCUGCAAAGUCCUCCUUCAAAAGUAGCUUCUGUUGAAGAUGAAAAACCAGAGAAGCCCUUGCCGUCGAAACCAGUGCCUUUACCCAGGAAAAAAUCACUGGGAAAGGUAGAUACUGAAGCAAUACCAAAGCCAGAGGUAAUGCCUAGAAAAGUGUUCCUCGAUAAACCUCAAGUUCCUAGCAAACCUGCACCACCUCCCGUUGCCACAAGGUCUAAAGCGCCUCCUCCAGUUCAGGCGAAACCAACUCUGGCACCAAAACCCAAACCACCUCCCCUGAGGCCUAAACCGGGCAACUUAGUGAAAUCUAAAGAUGCUAAAGCUUUAGAUGUGGCCAAUGCCAACGACUCCGAAACGAACAGUAGCAAUCUGAAUUCCGGAUCUGAUCUAACUAAUGAUUUAAAUCAGUUCGAUAUACUGAAGUACAUUGAGCAAGAAGAAAAAAUUUUGGAAUCUGAAGCCAGUUUGUUUGAUUAGUUGUUAUAUUUUUUGUUUUGCAAUGAGUUUUUUUUUUUUAUUUCUGUUAUUAUUUUUACUGUGCAAUUAUUUUUAAAUCAAAGUAUCUAUGUGUUCGCAAAUUUUGCUUAUAAAAUACAAUUGACAUAUUAGGCAUGUUUUCAGGGUACAUCGGGUAAUGGUUGUCGACCGUUGCCUGACGUAUAUUCAUAUGCAAAUAUGACACGAUUUUAGACCUAACGGAUUAAUUGAUUUAUCUAUUCAUUUGCAUGAAUGAAUUGAUCGUCAGUUCCGAAAUGAAACCUAAAAGCAGAGUAAGUGUUACUGUAUUCAGUCAAUCUGAAACAUCUGGAUACGCAGUUUCUUAAUAAAAUUAAUUGAUAGAAAAGAGCCAAUCUGCCAUUUUCAAUUGCGUGUUAGGGCUAGGCAAUGCGUCACGGUUAGCCGAUGCAGUUUCUUUUGAUUUGUGAUUAGAUUGCGCACCGAUCGCAAAUCAAAGAACCAAUGUACUGAUAAUGAAGCAAAAGUUUUUUUUUUUUUGCUCAAAAUAAAAAUUAAAAAGUUAACAGCUCAAAAUAGCAAAAGGAAAACAAAAUGCUGAUACAUAUUUUGUCAUUAUAAGGGACUCCUUUUUCAAUGCAAGAAAAUGUGAGCUUGUGAGUAAAUAGAAUGCGUGACUUUGCUGCCAUAAGCUUUUUUUUACAUUGAGAAACAGGAGACUCUUUGUAAUCCUUAAACACAUGUCUGUAAUAUUUUUUUGCUAUUUUGCACUUUUAGCUCUUUUUUUUGAAAUAAAUUUUUGCCAAUACUAGUAUCUAUUUGUAAGUAUUUUGCAUACGUCUUUUAUCGUGUACAUAUUUUGUAAAAUUUAAAAAAAAAAAACGAAAGUUCAAGUAUAGCUAACAUUUAUAAUAAACAGUUAGAAUUUUUACCAAUGUAAAUUAAUACCUAUUGUUUUAAUGAGUAAACGUAUUAUACUAUUUUUUAAUUAUUUGUGAGUUAAAUUUGAGAUUAUACAUCCAUCUUUUUUGUAAUGAUCAGUGAUUACGUUGUAAUAAUUUUAUUUUUUAGUUUUAACUACUUGAAUUAGUUUGGGAUGCAUCGCAAAAUUGUGAUGUAAGGUUAUCACGAUGCAUAAAUUUCUACAUCGCCCAGUCCUAAUUGCAUGUAUUACUUUUAUUCUAAUUUCUCCAUUUUCAUGGUUUUUCUUUUCCAUAUUUUGAUGAUAUAUUUAGCAAUAAUACCAAAAGUGAAGAGAAAGAAUGUUCCAAAAGUCGGAGAAAUCAAUUUAGAAACAUUAACUACAAUUUCCAUGUAUAUUCAGUACGCACUUCAUAUGAUGAAAUACACACUUCGUUUAAUUAAUUAUAGUAAAAUAAUUUGGAGUAAUUUAUUCCCUAUCUUUAUUUGUAAUUCGUUAAAUGUCAAUCUUGUCCAAAUAUGGGCAGCGCUCUUUGUUGUUAAUUCAUCAAAGUUUUCGUUUCGUAUUUUGUAAAUUAAUUUUUGUUUUAAUUUUUGAAAUAUUUCAAAUUUUGUUGUUGUGUAAAAUACUUUACUGUAAUUGUUGAAUGUAUUUUGUAAAUCUCUGGAAGUCAUUUUUACUUUAUCGUAUCAUUAAAUGGUUGUUGUUUAAAUUUUGUUAUGUUUCGGAAAUAAAAUUUGAC